AUGGCUACAUGGGUUCAGGAGCUUCAGUUCCCUCAUAUAGACAUCCCUAUAACCAUAGACCACGUCACUCCAGUCAUGCCGGCCGGCCCAAUUCCUGCUGGCGCCGGCGACUGCUUAUACCUCUCCAACCUCGACGAUGUGGUCGGAGCCCGUGUCUUCACCCCAACUCUGUAUUUCUAUCGAUCAAACAAUUUGAGCAGCACGCAAAGGAAGCUGGUCGUUAAGAUAUUACACGAUGCCCUGGCUAGUGUUCUGGUGCCCUACUACCCAUUUUCGGGUCGGCUCAGGGAGACCCAGAAUGGGAAACUGGAGGUGUUUUUUGGGCCCAAACAAGGGGCGCUCAUGGUCGAAGCACACUCAGAAAUGGCCAUCACUGACCUAGGAGGCCUCUCAGUCCCUAAUCCUGCUUGGUCUCCACUGAUAUACAGGUUCCCCGAUGAAGAGGCUUACAAGGUGGUCGACAUGCCGCUGGUUAUCGCUCAGGUCACGAGUUUCAGUUGCGGGGGGUUCAGCCUUGGCCUACGGCUGUGCCAUUGUCUAUGCGAUGGCUUAGGCGCAAUGCAAUUCGUCGGUGCUUGGGCCGCGACGGCCCGGGCGGGCGCCCUUGUGACAAGCCCCGUGCCAUGCUGGGACAGGGAGUUCUUUCGGCCGAGAGACCCGCCCCUAGUGAAGUACCCACAUCUUGAGUUCAUGAGGAUGGACGAUGGCUCCAGCCUUACCUCCACUCUCUGGCAAGUAAAACCGGUCCAGAAGUGCUAUAGGGUCAACCGAGAGUUUCAGGUUCAGAUCAAACAGUUGGCGCAGCCUGAUGAUCAGCAUCACUCAUGUACCACUUUCGACGCCAUGGCAGCACACAUCUGGAGAUCAUGGGUAAAGGCCCUUAACGUGACACCGUUGGACUACAAGCUCCGACUGACAUUCUCGGUGAAUGCCCGCCAGAAACUUAGGAACCCACCAUUGAAGGAUGGAUUCUAUGGCAAUGUGGUCUGCUUAGCUUGUGCGACCAGCACGGUCUCACAGCUCGUGGGCGGGAAGCUCUCGGCCACGUCUCGGUCAGUCCGCGAGGCGAGAGUUGGUGUCUCGGAGGACUACGUAAGAUCCGUGAUUGAUUACGUCGAGGUGGACAGGCCGAGCAGGCUUGAGUUCGCUGGGAAGUUGACGAUCACACAAUGGACGAGGUUCUCCAUGUACGAGUCUGCGGAUUUCGGGUGGGGCCAGCCGGUUUACGCCGGUCCGAUCGACCUAACUCCGACGCCGCAGGUUUGUAUUUUGUUGCCGGACGGCGACUCGCCUCCCGGAGGAUCAAUGGUGGUGUGCAUUUGCUUGCCUGAAUCUGCAACUUCUAAGUUCAGAGAGCUUUUAUCUCGAAUGGACACAGGUGAUGAAGCUCCUGAAGUGGAAUAA